UUAUUUGCAAUUUUUACAGCCAUGGCUUGUACACAGAGAAGAUUGGAAGGCAAGGUGGCAAUAAUCACAGGCGGAGCGUCAGGCAUUGGAGAAGCGAGUGUCCGGCUCUUCACAAAACACGGUGCCAAAGUCAUAAUCGCCGACAUUUCAGACGAAGCAGGGGAAAAACUAGCAGAAUCUCUAUCUCCAUCGGCGACCUUCAUCCACUGCGAUGUGAGCAAAGAGUCGGACGUUAGUGCUGCCGUAGAUUCGGCGAUGCAAAAACACGGGCGGGUGGACAUCAUGUUCAACAAUGCCGGGACAGCAGAUGUGCAGAAAGGGAGCGUUGCAGAGUACGAUGCGAAACAAUUCGAGAAUGUUAUGAACGUAAAUGCAAAGGGAGUAUUGCAUGGGAUGAAGCAUGCGGCCCGCGUGAUGAUCCCAGCUAAAAAGGGCUGCAUAAUUUCCACAGCCAGCGUUUCAGCGGUUUUGGGCGGCGGUAUGUCUUAUGCUUACACUGCCUCUAAACAUGCUAUUGUUGGCUUGUCCAAAAGCGGCGCUGCUGAGCUGGGCAAGUUUGGAAUCAGAGUGAAUUGUGUGUCACCUUCUAUCGUUGCAACUCAUAUGGCAGUCAAGCUUAUGGAAGAGAAUACUUGUUCAGUGGAGGGGGAGGGCAGGGCCAUGGUGGAAGAGUGGGCUAAUAGUGUUGGGAACUUAAAGGGGGUUACUCUUAAAGAGGACGAUAUUGCACAGGCUGCAAUGUAUUUGGCCAGUGAUGAAGCAAAGUAUGUGAGUGGUCUUAAUCUUGUUGUCGAUGGUGGAUUCACUGUUGUAGGCUAAAUGUUAGAAUAUGUAAUAUCUCCUCCAAUUAAAUAUUGGUAAGAAUAUUCUAGAAAGAAUAAAGAUAAGAUAAAUGAAGGAAAAUAUUAGGAUUUGGUAUGUCGGUCUAAUAUCUAGAAAGGCCUAGAAUGUUUCCAGAAAGUUUCUAGAAUUGUCCAAAGACCCCUAUAUGUA